UCUGAUAAUGGGUGGAUAGCUCUGGGAAUCGGGUAUAUUGACAAAUAAAGAGGGGUAGAUAGCUGCCCAAACCUACAUUAUUUUAGUUCUGCGCUACUGUAACGACAUGAGUUAGCAAUGGUUGGAACUUGGUACAUGACGGGCAGUCGCAGACAAGCUCUACACUCCCACCCACUUGACAUGAUGGAACUGUGUCGAGUUGAGUGUGCGUUACCAAACGAGAAGGACUGAGUGAUUGAACAACGCUGCAAAGAAUGUGCUUUAGCUGAAAUCACUGGCAUAUGUUGAAGACUCGUUUCGCGUUUGGAGAACCUGAUAAGAGGCACAAUGGAUCAGGACUGCAUUGUCUCUGGUGCCCCUGCUGGCCCAGUGGUCCAAGUAUGCUUCCCCAGUGUGCGUGCAGCAGUUUUGGACAGCCUGAAUGGACAGCGGGAGGAGGGCCGGCUCUGUGACCUCUCCAUCCAGGUGCAGGGACAGGUGUUCAGGGCCCACCGCUGUGUGCUGGCUGCCUCCUCGCCAUACUUUCACGAUCAGGUGUUGCUGAAGAAUGUGACGACAGUGUCUCUGCCCUCUGUCAUGGACCCUGUGGCCUUUGAGAGUGUCCUGAUUUCAGCCUACACUGGCCGACUGAGCAUAGUGCGUGAUGACAUUGUCAACUAUGUAACGGUAGCCAGCUUUCUCCAGAUGUGGCAUAUUGUUGACAAAUGCACAGAGAUCCUGAAGAGACCCCGACCCCCAACAGAAUGCAACCCUGUGGAUGUUGCAGCUGCCACACGCCAUGGUGCCUCCUCAAGGCAGCAGUCCCCAAGCAGCACCGAGUGCCUAUACAUGGAGAGAGAGGGGAAAGAGAAGGAGACGAGGACCUACGGCCAGGUGCAGAAUGCUCUGCCGCCAUUGGCCACGUGGAGGAGGCCCCAUCAGUUCCCCAGGUGGGGCCACUCCAGGCCCUCACCCCAGCCAGCCAUGUCCAUGCCUGUCCAGCACCUAGCUGACUCACAGCUGGACUCCCACCCUGCUGGGGAGAGUGACUACUCCAGCUGUGAGGAGGUGUGGAUGUCCAGCCACAGCAAAGCCAGCCCCCUAAGCCAUCACGAUGGGAGAGGACUGGACCAUAACCACACCAGGCACGGGGGAUUUCCUGGUGAGGCAUUGAGACUGAGAGCUAGACUGAGACAAAGGGCAGCACCACCAAGUACUGAGAAGCUGCAUGGCAGGGAUAGAGGAAGUGGCAAUGGGGAAGAUCCUCAGGAGAAGAAGGGGACUGAAAGAGUGAUUGAAGCAAGUGAAGGAAUGGGAAAAGAGUUGGAAGAGGAGAAGAGGGAGGGUCCUGAGCUGAGAGGACACUCUGUGGACUUCCACUCUAGUGUACACCAAGGUGAGGAGGGAGGACAGCCAGAGGGGAAAAAGACCUCAGGGGAGCUGCAGAAGAAAGAGGAGAGCCAGUUGGGGAGAAGUUCAGCCCUGACUUCUCCCCAUGCUGGGGAACCAGAUGAGGUGAUUCCUGGACCCUCCUGCUUAGCUUCUACACCCUCUACCCAAAAGCAGUGGCAGGCGAGUCCCUGGUCUCAGCAAGUAGCUAGGCCGCAACCUGGAGAAGAAGACUACAGAAGAGAAGACGACGAAGAAAAUGACGAGGGGGAAGUGGACUUUGACCGAUUUGCGGAUGGUGCCUUUGGAAGGGAAACCUAUGAUGAGAUUGAGGAUGGCACCGGACAAGUUUCUCAGAGACCCUUAGUACCUACCUCUCCUGAUGACAAUGACUUUAUCCUGGGGGCCCCAGGGUUGAACUGGCCCAAUGGGGCAAACAUGACCCAUGGUGGUGGUACCCCAACCUCCACCUCCAGCUGCCACCUGUCCCCAUCUCCUGCUCCAUUCCCCCCCUUCCUCCUCACCCCCCCAACCCAUCUUCCUCCUCUUCCAUCUCCCUUGCCGGGGCCCCUUACACAGGAAAAGUGCACUUCUGCCACUGUGGGAAGGCCUACACCCUGAAGAGUAUGCG